AUGAAGUGGCAGGAAGUGGUGACGGGUGGCAACAAGGGUGUGGGCUUUCAUGUGGCUCAGCAGCUGCAGGAGGCGGGGCUGCGGGUGGUGCUUGGCUGCCGAAAUCGGACGCUGGCCGAAGAAGCUGCGGCCAGGCUCGGCUGCGAGUACGAAAUCUUGGAUUUGGGAUCUGAAGCGUCCAUCGAAGCCUUUGCAAAGCAGAUGGAGAAGAAAUACAAACGUUUGGAUGUGCUGGUCAACAACGCAGCCAUUGCCUUCAAGGCAGCAGAUCCGACGCCUUUCAAAGAGCAAGCGUUGCCAACGUGUGCGACAGAGAUGGGAGAGGAAAAGGCAACGACGUGGGGUAGAGAUGGUACAGACUUCCUCGUCCGACCUAUGAAUGGACUUGGAAUGGCCAAGACUUGA